UUUCACAAUUGUACCUUCUUCCUUAUCGCCAAGCCUUCGCAGAACCCUCGAAGAAUCUCCGGUCUUCCCCUGCUCCGAGAUGGCUGCAAUCGCCAUGGCGUACUCGCCGGUGGCGGUGAGGGCCUCGUGGGACACCAACCCGAGCCCCAAACCUCCGGCCUUCAAGCCGAUCAAGCCCGCUCGAGUCCCGCCGCCCGCUCCUCCUCCUCCUCCUCCUCCGGCGACCACCGCCCAACCCACAUCCAGCGUUCCGUCGAGGGUCGCCUUCCUCGAGAAGGACUUUUCUAUGCUCCUCAACGCUGCCCGCCGCUCCACCGCCAAGAAAGGGAAAUCGGACGAGCAGUACCUGGGAUUGGAGACAUGGUUGCCGGUUGCACCUAAAGUGAACAAGCCGCGUUCAAUUUACAAUGCGGCAUCUCUGGCAUACUUGGGAGACUGCAUAUAUGAGUUAUAUGCUCGAAGGCACUUUUUAUAUCCACCUUUGAGUAUCAACGAAUACAAUGAUCGGGUUACUAAAGUUGUGCGCUGUGAAGCACAGGACUUAUUGCUCAAGAAGCUUCUUGAUGAAGACUACUUGACUGAGGAAGAAAGGGAAAUACUUCGUUGGGGGAAAAAUAUUGUUUCCAGCAAAACACGAACCAGAAAGCGAGUCGGUAUAGCUGCCUACAACAGAGCUUCUUCAUUCGAAACACUGGUUGGAUAUCUUUACCUAACAAACAUGAAGAGAUUGGAAGAAAUCAUGUACAAGUUAGGAUUCCUGACUGGAGCUUCAACAGAACUUAUUACAGAGGAACUUCGCACAAAUAAUCUUCGGAAAAAACCAACAACUUCUGCAUCUGUAGACGGCGAAUUAUCUACAAAACCUUUUGCAGUGCAAUAUUGAGAUGUUAAAAUCAGCAAAAACCAGCUUCAUAUCGCAUGAUCGUUUAUUGAAUAACGAUGAUGAUGGUCCAGUUGAAGCCUUCUCCAAAGGAACAAGCCUUAAGUUAGUCAGACUUGUGAAAAACGAUAGUUUGGUUGAGAUCAGCCAGAAGUCUUAAGCAUGUUUAGCUUGAUACGAAUGAUUAAUGAAUGUAAAGUUCUGAAUUAGCUGAAGAACUUGGCAUGAAUUCAAAUUCUCAAACAUCAGUCAUAUUCAUUGGCCAAAA